AUGGUGCAGUGCAACUACUAUCGACCAGCGCGAAACCAUGGUUGCGCAGGACCGGCAGGACCAGCAGGACCUUCAAGCAGAGACAUUCUCCCCGGGCUUGGAGAAGCAUCAGACAUGCGAGGUGGAGAAUGGCGUCAAAUGGCCAGUCAAAUUCAGGCAGUGAUGGAGAAAGUCGAUCUCCUGAAUGAGAAGAUCAAUGCGAUAUCUCCUCCCAGCUCGACGCACGCGGGCCAGCAAAUGGUGGCAGGCACCCACAAUGCUCCAGAGCCCUUCGAAUCCAGAGACGAGUUUGCCCAGCCUGUAAGUACGGCGCAAUUAACCGAACCUGAAGAAAGAGAAAAGUCGACGCCGCCGCUCGACGCCGAGGACGACUCUGCCACGAUCUACCCAGAGUAUCACGGACCCACAAGCUCCGAGUUUACCUUUGAAGUGGCGGAUGAGAGCCUGACCAAGCUGGGUGUGGGAUGCGCAUUCAGUAACUCACAUCGUCCGACCAAAUCUCCGUCGUUGCUCCACCCGCCACACAGUGCAUCGGCCGAGAAGAUGCUCUUCCCGCGGCUUUUGGGUCGGGAUCCUCUUUGGACGAUGGAGCGGUCGGACGUGCUGAAGUACUUCGACACCUUUCACCGUACGAUAGGGGCAAUGUAUCCGGUGACCAACAGGCUGCGCCUCGCAUCAAAAGCCCAAGUCUUGCUGGACAGCUUGGACGUGGCGCGAGGACGCCCGCAUUUGGGUGGCUCCGGCCGUCUCAUAGAGCUCAUGCUCAGCGUCGACACCCAGAUCCUCAAGAUCCAGCUUGCGAUCGGCAUGAUGACCGAACUAGGCGCCGCAGGGACGCACCGAGCGACAGAACUCAUGCAAACCGUGCUCGACGCGUCGGAUGAUUCGCUGAUGAAUGUGGAAGGGCUCGGCGGCGUCCAACUCCUUGUCUUGACGGCACUGUUCUACUAUAAUCUCGACGACGAACUUCGCGCUAGCAGAUAUUCCUGUCUCGCAUCGCGACGAUGUCUAGAGAUGGGCCUUCAUCGCCGCGAGACCCUGCUGAAGCAUUUUCCCGGAGAAGACGCCCGCAAGGAGGUUUUGAGGAUCUUUUGGUCGGUCUACACGCUCGACCGUCGAUCCAGCCUCGGCCUGGGCGUGCCUUUUGUCAUCCAAGACAGCCUUGUUGAUCCGGCCUUGUUGUCCAUCGACUUCGACCAUGAUUACCUGCGAGUCAUGAUCCCGUUCGCGAAGCUCUCCGCCAAGGCCUGGCACAUGAACAACGAAUUUCCCAGCAAAGAGCCGCACGUGGUGCACGAAGACAUUGACUAUCUCGACUAUCAAGUUCGACAGUGGCAGAAGCAGAUCCCUGUGUCUAUCCGAUACGUGCACGGACAGACGGCCAUACCGGACGCGGCAAACAGCGACGCGGACGAGUUGCAGCGCUUCUACCUCGGCGUCGCGCUUUGCGUCCGCUCCAACCAGUUGCGGAAUGUCAUCUACCGGCCGCUGCUGCAGUCGGCCUCGCGCAUCAACAGUGACCUGGAGCACACGCUGACGGCUCUGAGGAUCGCAAAGGACUCGCUUCAGACGUUGUCCGAUCUCGACGCCACCACCAGCCUCUUGUACACCCACGCAACCUUCUUCAAGCACUUCAUCGUCUCGAGCCUGGGGAAUCUCUUGCUGAUCGUGGUGCACGCCCCGGCCGAAUACUGGGCCGAGAUCCGGGGAACGCUCCGCGCGGCCUCGAUGCUGUUGAGGAAGCUGAGCAACAGGUCCGGCCCGGUCUUGCGUGCCUGGGACCGUCUCAAGGGCCUCGAAGACGUCCAGGCCAAGAUUUUGGCGGCCCGCCGCGCGAAACCCGCGGCACAGCAGGAGCUGCAGCUGCAGCAACAACAUCAACCACAACCAGAUCAGCAAAAGCAGCAAGAACGGCGACAAGAGCCGAAUGAAAAGGAAGUGGGUUAUUUUGCCAGAAUGAGACCGACUCCUACAGAAGGAAUAUGUGGUCUAGGCGACAACUGGAAUGUUGGGGUUGGAGGAGGCAUGGCGGCCGGAGCGGAGGACUACAUGCUCUUCGACUCCCAGAUCCGCGACGAGUUCGCCGGAGUGUUUGAUCCCGCGCUCGGACUGGACGACUUGUGCGAAUUUCCCUUUCUCGAUGAGGGCCGGUAG